AACACCGGAGCCAGGCGUCGCGUCCUUUGUGCCCGGAACCGUGGGGAUGUGUCCGCGCUAAGGAGCCAGCUCCAGUAUGGGGGCCGAAUCUGUCUGGGCCUCAGGCCUCCUGGUGCUGUGGCUGCUUCUCCUAGUGUCUGGGGAUCAGGACACACAGGACACCACCACCACGGAAAAGGGGCUUCACAUGCUGAAGUCGGGGUCAGGACCCAUCCAGGCUGCUUUGGCAGAGUUAGUGGCCCUGCCCUGCUUCUUUACCCUUCAACCACGGCAAAGCCCCCUGGGAGACAUUCCUCGGAUCAAGUGGACGAAAGUUCAGACUGCAUCAGGCCAGCGACAGGAUUUGCCAAUCUUGGUGGCCAAAGACAACGUGGUGCGUGUGGCCAAGGGCUGGCAGGGACGGGUGUCAUUGCCUGCCUAUCCCCGGCACAGAGCCAAUGCUACACUUCUGUUGGGGCCACUGCGAGCCAGUGACUCUGGGCUGUAUCGCUGCCAAGUGGUGAAGGGUAUCGAGGAUGAGCAGGACCUGGUAACCCUGGAAGUGACAGGCGUCGUGUUCCAUUAUCGGGCGGCCCGGGACCGCUAUGCGUUGACCUUCGCUGAGGCCCAGGAGGCUUGUCACCUGAGCUCCGCUACCAUUGCGGCUCCAAGGCACCUGCAGGCUGCGUUCGAAGAUGGCUUUGACAACUGCGAUGCGGGCUGGCUCUCAGACCGCACGGUCCGGUACCCGAUCACUCAGUCGCGUCCCGGUUGCUAUGGUGAUCGCAGCAGCCUGCCAGGUGUCCGGAGCUACGGGAGACGCGACCCGCAGGAACUCUACGAUGUCUACUGCUUUGCCCGCGAGCUAGGGGGUGAAGUCUUUUACGUGGGCCCCGCCCGCCGACUGACCCUGGCGGGGGCGCGGGCACUGUGUCAGCGUCAGGGUGCAGCGCUGGCCUCCGUGGGACAGUUGCACCUGGCCUGGCACGAGGGCCUGGACCAGUGCGACCCGGGCUGGCUGGCAGACGGCAGCGUGCGCUACCCGAUCCAGACUCCACGGCGGCGUUGCGGGGGCUCCGCUCCAGGUGUGCGCACAGUGUACCGCUUCGCCAACCGCACUGGCUUUCCUGCGCCAGGAGCCCGCUUCGACGCCUACUGCUUCCGAGCUCAUCACCAUACACCACAACGUGGAGACUCCGAGAUCCCCUCAUCUGGAGAUGAGGGGGAGAUUGUGUCAGCAGAGGGGCCGCCAGCCCCAGAACUAAAGCCCAGAUUGGGGGAGCAGGAGGUGAUAACACCUGACUUCCAGGAACCUCUCGUAUCCAGUGGAGAAGAUGAACCCCUAGAUUUGACAAGGACACAAGCAUCUCAGGAGACGCUCGCCUCUACCCCAGGGGGUCCCACACUGGCUUCAUGGCCCUCUCGGGAAAAGUGGCUGCUUACAGGUGUCACAAGCUCCACGGGUGUCCCCAGCCCCAGCAGCCUGGGAGUAGACAUGGAAGAGACAACACCCUCAGGCACACAGGUAGCCCCCACCCCCACAAUGAGGAGGGGCCGCUUUAAAGGGUUGAAUGGUCGACACUUCCAGCAACAGGGCCCAGAAGACCAGCUUCUGGAGGCAGCAGAGGCCAGUGCCCAGCCUCCCACCCUGGAAGUUACUGCUGACCACAUGGGGCCUUCUGCAGCCACAGAGGCCUUGGAGAGUGACCAGAGCCACAGUCCUUGGGCCAUUCUGACCAAUGAAGUGGAUGUGCCAGGGGCAGGCUCUCUUGGCAGCAGGAGUCUCCCAGAGUCCCGGAAGUGGUCCCCGUCGCUGAUUUCACCCAGUACUGUCCCGAGCACUGACAGUACUCCUGGCCUGAAGCCAGGGGCAGAUGAGGCCCCUGGUGUGAAGUCAGCCAUCCACCACCCACCCUGGUUGCCCUCAGAACCCGCUGUCCCAUCCUCCAUUCCCUCAGAGGCCCUAAGUGCUGUCUCCCUACAGGCAUCCCCUGGUGAUGGCUCUCCAGACUUCCCCAUUGUAGCCAUGCUUCGAGCCCCCAAACUGUGGCUUCUGCCACACUCUACACUCGUCCCGAAUGUGUCCCCAAUCCCACUCUCCCCAGCUUCUCCACUCCCCUCCUCGGUCCCAGAAGAACAGGCUGUCAGACCUGUCAGCUUUGGAGCAGAAGACCCCGAGACCCCAUUUCAGACCACCAUGGCUGCCCCAGGUGAAGCCAGCCACGGAUCCCCUGAGGCAGACUCCAUAGAAAUCGAGGGGAUCAGCUCCAUGCAGGCUACAAAGCACCCCAUCUCUGGCCCAUGGGCUUCUUUGGACUCCAGUAAUGUGACAGUGAAUCCUGUCCCUUCUGAUGCUGGCAUCCUAGGGACUGAGUCUGGGGUCUUGGACUUACCAGGGAGUCCCACAUCAGACGGACAGGCCACUGUGGACAAGGUGCUGGCCACCUGGCUACCACUGCCUGGCCACGGACUGGACACUGGCUCCCAGUCCACACCCAUGGAAGCCCAUGGAGUAACCAUGAGUGUGGAACCUACAGUGGCUUUGGAAGGAGGUGCCACCAAAGACCCAAUGGAGGCCACCAUGGAUGUGGUCCCCAGCACUGUUGAUGCCACUUCGGGGUCUGAACCCAAAAGUUCCAUUUCUAGCACCCAUGUGGUUGUGACUGCAGCUGGGGACCAGGGCACACCCACACUGACCCCUACAAGCUCUGAAGGUCAGGUGGUGGCCCAGGAGUCACUGGGAACCCUCACCAGUCUGCCUUCUCAUCCCUGGUCAUCUCUGGCCUCCAGCAUGGACGAAGUGGCCUCGGUUUCCUCAGGAGAACCCACAGGGUUGUGGGACAUCCCCAGCACUCUGAUACCUGUGUCCUUGGGCUUGGAUGAAUCAGACCUGAAGGUUGUGGCUGAGAGCCCAGGCUUGGAGGGCUUCUGGGAAGAGGUGGCCAGUGGGCAGGAAGACCCCACGGAUCCCUGCGAGAACAACCCUUGUCUGCACGGGGGCACCUGCCGCACAAAUGGCACCAUGUACGGCUGUAGUUGUGAUCAGGGCUAUGCUGGGGAGAAUUGUGAAAUUGACAUUGAUGACUGCUUGUGCAGCCCUUGUGAGAAUGGGGGUACCUGCAUUGAUGAGGUGAAUGGUUUCAUCUGCCUCUGUCUCCCCAGCUAUGGGGGCAACCUGUGCGAGAAGGACACAGAAGGAUGCGACCGUGGCUGGCACAAAUUCCAGGGCCACUGCUACCGCUACUUUGCUCAUCGGCGGGCCUGGGAGGACGCAGAGAGAGACUGCAGGCGCCGAGCCGGCCACCUGACAAGUGUCCACUCCCCAGAAGAGCACAAGUUUAUUAACAGUUUUGGACACGAGAAUUCAUGGAUUGGCCUGAAUGACAGGACAGUAGAGAGGGACUUCCAGUGGACAGACAACACAGGACUGCAAUAUGAGAACUGGAGAGAGAAGCAGCCGGAUAAUUUCUUCGCAGGUGGGGAGGAUUGUGUGGUGAUGGUGGCGCAUGAGAAUGGACGCUGGAAUGAUGUCCCCUGUAACUACAACCUCCCCUACGUCUGCAAGAAGGGUACAGUGCUGUGUGGGCCCCCUCCAGCAGUGGAGAAUGCCUCUCUUGUUGGUGUGCGCAAGGUCAAGUACAAUGUCCAUGCCACUGUGCGAUACCAGUGUGAUGAAGGAUUCUCCCAGCACCAUGUGGCUACCAUCCGAUGCCGAAACAAUGGGAAGUGGGACCGGCCUCAGAUUGUGUGCACCAAGCCCAGGCGGUCACAUCGGAUGCGUCGACACCACCACCAUCCACACCGGCAUCACAAGCCACGCAAGGAGCACAGAAAACACAAGAGACACCCAGCGGAAGACUGGGAGAAAGAUGAAGGGGAUUUCUGCUAACGAUCCAGACUAAUCAAGCACAAGCUCCCACACCUCCUCCAGAGCAUUCCCCUGGGGACCCAGAACCCAGACAGCCACCAGAGAGAGGGUGGGGACACCCUGGAGCCCCACACCCCUGCAGUCGGUCCUCUGUACAAAGCUCAGAUCACCCUCUCCUUCCUUACUGAGGUCCUCCUGGCAGGGGUGGCGGGACCUGAGAGGCCAUUCUGGUCUGGCUGAGCCCUUAGGAUUACUUCCCAGCUGUCAAAGGGAGUCUCGAAGUCUGCAUCCAUGAGGGGCAAACAGUAUGUCUGUGGGCGCUGGGUAGUGACUUUCACACCAGAGAUUCAGGCUUCGUAAACAGCGGACUAUACUGAAUCCAUGGCAAACCUUUGGUUAAAGUCACUGUAUUUGAGUGGAGGACCAGCAGAGCAAACAGGAUGCUCUGUGGUCCCCUGGGAUCCCCUAAGGGCAGGCUUCCAUCCCUCCGUCUUUCUUUUUUCCCUUUCUCCUUCCUCCCUCUCAAUUCCAACACUGCCAGGCCUCAACCUAGGCUGGCCUUGAACUGACUAUUGUAGAAGGAUGUCCUUGAAGUCUCAAUCCUCCUGCCCCUGUGCCACCAUGCCUACCUGGUUUAUUUGGUGCUGGACAUGGAACCCAGCGCUGGGCAAGUGCUCUCUCUACUAACCAGCUCUGGUCUUUGGUCUUGGUGCAGACCACUAAAUCUAGUGUGGAACUCUUGUAUAUUGAAUUUUAGUGAUGUCUCUUAGCCUGGCCUCCGUGGCUUCCUAGGGGAGGUUCCUCAGAGCAAUGGGGGUGGGGAGGGUUACUCUAUUGCUGACUCCCCACGUCUAGUGCAGCGCUGAGAUCUGGUGGUUCUAUUUUGGGUUGUUUUUGUUUUGAGACAGGGCCUCACUGUGCAGCUCUAGCUGGCCUGGAACUUGCUAUGUAGACCAGGCUAGCCUGGAACUCAGCGAUCUGUCUGCCUCUGCCUCUCUAGUUACUAUGCCCAGCCUUCUUUUGUUUUACUGACCUAGGAUCUCUAUAGCCCAGGCUGGGUUUCAGUCCACAGCGAUCAGAUCCUUUCUCAACCACCUAAGAGCUGAGGUGACAGGCACACCAUCACGUGUGGCACUUUUGUGGGUGUGUGAUGGCAAAUCUCCCACACCCAUGUGUCCAGACGUGAGACAGCAGAGUAGAGUGUACUGGAUGCUGCUGUAUCCCUCUCCUCCAUCUCUCAGGGAGACAGACAACCUUCUGCCCGGACCAAGAUGCUGCCAUGUUUUCUAACCCAGAGCCUGUCUUUACUAAAACCCUCUCAGCAGACCUCAGUAAAUCUCCUGCCUCAGAUCCC